CUUCGAGUCUCUUUUUUUUUAACAUCAACAGAGGCGCUCUCCCAAAACCGUUCGUUUCCAUCUCUUUUUUCCCACUCAGACCACACUCGAGAUUCGCCCGCUCAGAUCAGUACCGAGUACCGAGUACUAUCAUCAGCAAUGGCUGAAGCUUCCGACGACACAAGAGACAUCGAAAAGCUUUAUGAAUACGGUGAACGACUCAACGAAGCUAAAGACAAGUCUCAGAACGUGGACGAUUAUAAGAAUAUUAUCGCCUCAGCAACAAGUACAAGCCUGAAGGCGAGACAAUUAGCUGCUCAGCUGAUUCCCAGGUUCUUUAAGUUCUUUCCUGGUCUAUCGGGGACGGCGGUUGAUGCUCACCUUGAUUUAUGUGAAGCAGAAGAACUUGGGAUACGAGUGCAAGCAAUUCGCGGACUUCCUCUUUUCUGUAAGGAUACACCUGAACAUAUUUCCAAGAUUGUUGACAUUCUUGCUCAACUUCUUAUAGCUGAAGAAAAUGUGGAACGUGAUGCAGUCCAUAAAGCUCUGUUGUCUUUAUUGAGGCAGGAUGUUAAAGCAUCCUUAACAGCUUUAUUUAAGCACAUUGAAAGUGUUGAUGAACCAAUCCCAGAUGAUAAUCGUGAGAGGACCCUCAUCUUUAUCAGGGACAAGGUGUUUCCUAUAAAAUCAGAGCUCUUAAAGCCUCAAGAACAGAUGGAAAGGCAUAUAACUGAUUUAAUUAAAAAGAGCUUACAAGAUGUUACUGGAGCAGAGUUCAAGAUGUUUAUGGAUUUUUUAAAAAGUUUGAGCAUAUUUGGAGAUAAAGCUCCCACUGAGAGAGUUCAAGAGCUUAUUGAAAUUAUCGAAGGGCAAGCAGAUCUAGAUGCACAGUUUGAUGUGCAGGUUUCUGAUGGAGACCAUAUUGAUAGAUUGAUAUCAUGCCUCUACAUGGCUCUUCCAUUUUUCUUAAGGGGUGCUUCAAGUAGCAAGUUUCUCAACUAUUUAAACAAGAACAUUAUUCCUGUUUUCGAUAAGCUUCCUGAAGAACGGAAAGUGGAUUUGCUUAAAAACCUUGCAGAGAGUUCUCCAUACUCAACACCACAGGAUUCAAGGCAGAUUCUUCCUUCUGUUGUUCAGCUGUUGAAGAAAUACAUGCCUCUGAGGAAAACUGGGGAAGAGAUGAAUUUCACAUAUGUUGAAUGCUUGUUGUACACAUUUCACCAUUUGGCUCACAAGGCUCCAAAUGCCACCAAUAGUUUAUGUGGUUAUAAGAUAGUGACUGGGCAACCAUCAGAUAGGCUUGGUGAGGAUUUUUCAGAAUUUUACAAAGAUUUCACAGAAAGGUUAACCUGUGUUGAAGACCUAGCUAAAGUGACGAUGAAAAAGCUAACUCAAGGAAUGGCUCAGCAAAACAAGACAAUGGCAACUGCCAUAUCUGAUGAGGAAAAGGCUACUGUUAAAACCCAAAAGCAGAAUGCCACAACAGGUUUACGUACAUGCAACAAUAUUUUGGCAAUGACACAGCCACUCCAUGCAAAGUCACCAUCCUUUAUUGGAGAUAAAAGAAUUAAUUUAUCCUGGAAAGAAGCUGUCAAAACUGCAGCCCCAUCAAAUAAUGCAACUGGAGUGAAACGCCCUGCUAAUACAACAAACGGUUCCGGAAACUAUACAAACAAACGGGGUCGUGGAGGUGGAGGCGGCGGCAACCAGCUAGUAAACAGGGCAUUUGAAGGUAUUUCAUAUGGCGGAAGAGGUGGAGGUGGUGGUGGUGGUGGUGGUAGGGGCGGCCAUGGGCGGGGAUGGGGCAGACGUGGUGGUGGUGGUAGGGGAAGAGGAAGGGGGUAUUAUUAGCUUUUUUUACUGGAAUUCGACUGCUAACUCCAGGAGGGAAACAGAUGAAAAAAAAAAACAAAAGGUGCUUCAGAAUAUUUGUGUUCUAUGUUUUGCUAUGAUUUUUUUUUUUUUUUUUUAAUAACUUUUGGAUUUUGUAAGUGCAUUGCUAUGUUUUUUAGGUGAUUUUAAUCUGCGACAUGUUAAUUGAAGGAACAGCUAGUAAUACAGACUUUUUUUUUGAGCAAA